AUGUCAAACGAUCGAGCCGAUGACGAUCCCGCGAACGAUACAGAUCUGGCCGCCGAUAAGUGCGGCCUGUUGGAAAAUUUCAGCGAUGCACGCGCGUCCAGUCGGACCGUGACGCCGAGUCAGAAACCGUCGACGGCCGACCAGCCGCGCAGAACGAAGAUCGAGGAGAACAAAAAGCACCGCGAGAGGAACUUGAGCGAUCCUAAGGGCAACGAUGACGAUUCUCGAAUCUCGGGCGACAUAUGCAGAAUAUGCCACAUGGGCAACAACUCCUCAUCGGAGGAUAGCCGCUCCACUCGCGGUAACCAGAACCAAAGGCAUCUAGGGAUGUCCAGCCAAAUAUCCACUGUGUCGUCGUGCGCGUAUCUAGGUCCUCUGGUCUCGGCGUGCAAGUGUCGUGGGACAGUGGCCCUCGUGCACGCCGGCUGCCUUGAACGAUGGCUGACGGAAUCGGGUCACACGAGGUGCGAGCUCUGCGGAUACAAAUACGCCACUAAGAGGGUACCGCGUCACAACAUCUUCCGUAGCGUCGCGAUAUGGUUCAAUACCGUCAUAGUGACCCGACAAAUGCUACUCGAUAUUCUCUACUUGGUAGUCACGACGCCACUGGCUCUCUUCUCCUGUUACAUCUGCGCACUGGCCUUGAGGAUGUUGCUCAAGAACGGUCUGCGCGACAUACCUUGGAUGAUCGUCGCCAUGCUACCCACCUGUGCCCUGACCUUGGUGGCUUACUGGGGAUGGGUAAUAACUCUGGGCAGAUUGCACGGUCGUCGCUGGCGUCGCUACUGGAGGAACAAUUUCGUGAUCAGACUGGUCCCUGACAACGCGAUCCAGGAUGAAAGAGUCGCGAGUUCUGAAUACCUGUCGCUGGAGAACCUGAUCGAAGAGAUCGACGGCCGGACCACCGACGAAAUCGAAGAAACGAGUAUCAAUGAGCCAUCUCGCGAUGCCACGGGUGAAUCGACCGGAUAG